UUCCGGUAACUCCGAGAGGACGUGAACGCAGCAUCAGGGACUUCCUCCGGGGUCAUCAUGGAAGUUAUUUCCGGGUCGUGUAAUGUGGUGACGUCUUGACUGGUUUAUACCACAGCUGGUGAACAUCGCGGACUACACACCAAAGAAGAACUAGGAAACAGACUCUAUUUAACCAGAAUAACGGAGUCAUCGUCAAAGGCUCCACGCGUCGCGGUCAUCUUCCUCCGCUCCUCGCCCAGCGGGUCCACACCAGACAGUCAAGAUGGUGUUAGCAGAUCUCGGUAGAAAAAUCACCUCGGCGCUGAGGUCUCUCAGCAAUGCCACCAUCAUCAAUGAAGAGGUACUUAAUGCCAUGCUGAAGGAGGUGUGUGCCGCCCUCCUGGAGGCUGAUGUCAACAUCAAGCUGGUCAAACAGCUCAGAGAGAACGUCAAGUCGGCCAUAGACCUGGAGGAGAUGGCAUCAGGACUGAACAAGAGGAGGAUGAUUCAGCACUCAGUCUUUAAGGAGCUGGUCAAGCUGGUGGACCCUGGUGUGAAGGCCUGGACUCCAACCAAAGGGAAGAACAACGUCAUUAUGUUUGUCGGAUUGCAGGGCAGCGGGAAAACCACCACCUGCUCCAAGCUGGCCUACUACUACCAGAGGAAGGGGUGGAAGACAUGCCUCAUCUGUGCCGACACCUUCAGAGCCGGGGCCUUUGAUCAGCUCAAACAGAACGCUACCAAAGCCAGAAUUCCCUUCUACGGGAGCUACACGGAGAUGGACCCGGUGGUCAUCGCGGCAGAGGGUGUGGAGAAGUUCAAGUCGGAGAACUUUGAGAUCAUCAUCGUGGACACCAGUGGCCGGCACAAGCAGGAGGACUCGCUGUUUGAGGAGAUGUUGCAGGUGUCCAACGCCGUGCAACCGGACAACAUUGUGUACGUGAUGGACGCCUCCAUCGGCCAGGCCUGCGAGGCCCAGGCCAAGGCCUUCAAGGACAAGGUGGACAUCGCGUCCGUGAUCGUCACCAAGCUGGACGGCCACGCCAAGGGGGGCGGAGCCCUGAGCGCAGUCGCCGCCACCAAGAGCCCCAUCAUCUUCAUCGGGACGGGAGAACACAUCGACGACUUUGAGCCCUUCAAGACACAGCCCUUCAUCAGCAAACUGCUGGGUAUGGGCGACAUCGAGGGUCUGAUUGACAAGGUUAACGAGCUCAAACUGGACGAUAACGAGGAGCUGAUCGACAAGCUGAAACAUGGUCAGUUCACACUCAGAGAUAUGUACGAACAGUUCCAGAACAUUAUGAAGAUGGGCCCCUUCGGACAGAUCAUGGGCAUGAUCCCCGGGUUCGGAACAGACUUCAUGAGCAAAGGCAACGAGCAGGAGUCCAUGGCCAGACUGAAGAAGCUCAUGACCAUCAUGGACAGCAUGAACGACCAGGAGCUGGACAAUAAGGACGGGGCCAAGCUGUUCAGCAAGGCGCCCAACAGGAUCCAGCGCGUGGCGCGGGGGGCGGGCGUGGCCCCCCGGGACGUCCAGGAGCUGCUCACGCAGUACACCAAGUUCGCCCAGAUGGUCAAGAAGAUGGGCGGCAUCAAGGGGCUCUUCAAAGGAGGAGACAUGUCCAAGAACGUCAACCCCUCUCAGAUGGCCAAACUCAACCAGCAGAUGGCCAAGAUGAUGGACCCCAGAGUUCUACACCAUAUGGGUGGGAUGGCCGGCCUCCAGUCCAUGAUGAGACAGUUCCAACAGGGCGCUGCUGGCAACAUGAAGGGCAUGAUGGGGUUCAACAACAUGUAACCACGGCUACGGCUCGACGCUUGACCAAUUAAAAAUGCUGAAGGAGCGAGGAGGAGGGGGAAGAGCUGUGGUGGAGACGGCAGUAACAUCCCAUAAUACUGUCUGUUAGAGCAGGGGCAGUUGCAGAGGUGAUAGUUUUAAUUGUAAAGAGGAGCAUAAGGCCUGAUCUCACAGGCCCUAAUAUAAGCUGCUGUCGGCGGACGGCCGGGCAACACUCAUUGUAAGAUGUAUUCGUCAUGUUGUAAUUAAAGUUUGUACACCAUA